GCAACGGAAGGCUUUCGCAAGUCAAUUGGAGGUCCUACAGCUCUAUGGUUGGGAAUACAGUGCAUCUUCUCUGUCAUUUGAAAAUGGGGACAGGAUGACUCCGGUCGUGGAAGUUAUCAAAGGAGGCGGACUGGCCCUUUGCCAGAAUUUCUAGACAGUACAGUCCACAAACUCGCAGCAUCACCGCCAUCUGCAAUGCAGCACCUGUGACUGUGGACCCACGAUUCUGAUUGGUGGUGCAGGCUUGAAAAUUGUGGGAAAGGCAGGCCGGCGAUAGAUCAGAUACAUGUCUUUGACGGGCCGCCCCUGGAUCGUGAUCAACAAGGUCUCGCCCCUUGAUCCACGUCCGGAGGAAAGAGUCGGUCAUGCCGGUGGCCGUGGCAAAUCGGAUCGUCACGUGCUGGAGGUCGAUGGGGACGUUCAAGCGGACCGGGCCAGGAGCGAGUUGGACGUGCUCCAGUCCCUGACCUCCCUUCCCGCCACGGCCACCGCACCCAGGCCUCGCCGCUCGUCCGUGUCUGCAACCCUCGGCGCGGCCUUCACCAGGGAAAACUUCUUUCAUGCCGCAGAGAAGGACUUCGUCAAGAAGAUCUAUCGCAGCGAGAAAGCGCUGAAGGAGGAGCAGCAGCGGCAGCAGGAUAUCAAGAGCUUCGUCAUUCACCCGUUCAGCAACUUCAGAUGGUAUUGGGAUUUGUUCAUGGUCCUGCUGAUGGCGAUCACUUUGGUCAUUCUCCCCAUCAACAUCGCCUUCUUCAGUGAGGAUUUCUCCCUGCAGUGGAGCAUUACUAACUGCGUCACGGAUAGCUUCUUCAUGGCAGACAUCGUGCUCAACUUCUUCACCGGUAUUGUUCAUCAUCAAAACGAGGAGGUCAUAUUGGACCGUCGAACGAUCGCUUGUAAGUAUCUCCGCGGCUGGUUCUUGAUCGAUCUACCAUCCUCCUUCCCCAUGGAUUACUUCUACCUGCUCUUCCGCGGUGACUCCGACUACGACCAAACUGCGCUGAAACUUCGGGCAAUCAGAUUGGCCAAAAUCUUGAGUGUCUUGCGACUGCUCCGUCUUACCCGUCUGCUGCGCUACGUCCACCGUCUUGAAGAGAUUUUGAAUGUGGAGGGCGCCUUAAUUCGCAUUACCAACCUCGUUCUCCUGGUGCUCGUGAUCAUCCAUUGGAACGGCUGCAUGCAGUUUCUGGUUCCGUUCUUCCAGGGGUUCCCAAGGGACAGCUGGGUCGUCAUCAGCGGGCUCGAGAAUGCCAGCAAGUGGGAGCAGUAUUCAUGGUCCUUCUUCAAGGCUAUCUGCCACAUGUUGAGCAUUGGCUUCGGGCAGCAUCCCCCUCAUAACCUGACGGAGAUGUGGUGCGCCACACUCAGCAUGAUGAUAGGCGCCACCUUCUACGCGCUCUUUAUUGGUAACAUGUCCACGCUGCUGCUCUCCAUCGACGCAUCCGGGCGCAUUUACAACGAAAAGAUAUGCCAAGUGAAGGAAUACAUGCGCUACCGCAAGAUACCAGCCAGCACACAGAAGCGUGUAUUAAUGUACUACGAGCACCGCUACCAGCGAAAAUACUUUGACGAGGACGCCAUUUUGCGACAACAGUCAGCACCAUUGAGGAGGGAGAUUGUGCAGCACCACCUGCGCUCACUGGUCAAGAAAGCGGAAUUCCUCAGCAAAGGCAGCCCCAGCUUCGUCAUUGACAUCAUCGAGAAGCUCCACUUCGAGGUAUAUUUAGCCGGUGACGUCAUCAUCACGGCCGGCAGCCGCGGCGAUGCCAUGUACUUCAUCGAGCAUGGCAUGGUGGAGAUAUGCGUGAACAACCGGGUGGUUGGUACCCUGCAGGACGGGGACCACUUUGGAGAGAUUUCAUUGCUAAUUGAUGAACGUCGGGUUGCAUCUGUCUUAGCUGCAUCGACCUGCGACCUCUACAGACUGGCCAAAGAUGAUUUCGAGGAAGUUUUGGAGGAGAAUCCGGAAAUGCGCGCCAUUAUGGCCGAGGUUGCUAAGGAGAGACUGCGCAAAAUCGGAACCCCCUCAAAGGAUGAAGAGGACAAAGAGAUAGCGUUAGACAGGUGA